AUGGAGGAGCGUCUGGCAGCUGCAGUGAAGGGGGGUUGCUUUUUGGACGUGUUUGUUGAGAGUGUGAGGGGUCUGGAGGGCUGCCAGCUUCGAAACGGCAAGGGAAGCGGGAGCAGUAGCCAGGCUGCGAGAGGGGACCGAGUCAAAGGGCCUUGGUCUCCUGAAGAGGACGUCAUUCUGAGUCGACUGGUGAGUAAGUUCAGGGCCAGGAACUGGAGUCUGAUCGCCUGUGGAAUUGCUGGGAGAUCCGGCAAGUCCUGUCGGCCGCGCUGGUGUAAUCAGCUUGACUCAUCUGUUAAGCGCAAGCCUAUUACUAACGAGGAAGAGAGCUCGGAGUAUAUUCAGGUGGACAGAAGGAAGGUAUUCAUUUGGAUAAUAGAUUUAAUGGGACAAGUGAUCUAUGGGACGAACACAGCAGCUUUGAGCACAGCUUCGCUUGACAAUGGGUUGAGUUGUGGCUCUUGCUAUGAGGUUAAGUGCGUGAAUGACGGAAAACGGUGCCUGCUUGGCUCCCUUGUGAUCACAGCCACCAGUUUACGCCCACCAAACAACUCCACAUGA